CACACAAUCGCACUCUUGAAACGGCCCCAGCAUGUCAGAACCUUAGCGGCCCCAUGCCACGCCCCACUCGCAGCAGCCCCCAGACCGCAAGACAACUGAACACCAACUUAUCCACUACUUCUUUCUACAUGCAGGAAGAAUCUUGAUUUUUCAUACACAACUCCGGAAGCAAACAUGCAGCUGCAGCGCUCGUUGCUCGUUGCUCUCGCUGGAUUCGGUGCUCGCGCCUCGCAGUGUGCUCGUGUCGCCGCCCGCCGCACCAACGCCGCACAUGUCGACGCCCAGCAGGCCACGUGGAUGCUCAGUGACGUUCCCAGGCGCCAAGCAUCGGUCGUCGCGGCGGCCGCUGCUGCAGGAGGAGACGACCUUGACAAGUUCCUCAAUGCGAUCCCGCCAGAGUCACACGGCCUCGCAAUCAAGUUCAUUUCCGGGCUACAGCAGCAGGUGGCAGACAAAUCGGCCGAGUUGGCAGCCAAAUCGGACGAGGCAGAGCGCCUCGCCAUGGAGCUGGAGGCCACCAAAAAGAAGCUGCAAACGACCCAGCGGACGCUCCUGCUGUCGUUCUCCGUGGCGGGCGUCGUCGACGCCCGCUCCUUCCUGGAGCACGUCGUCAAGAUUUGGGAGGCGGAGGGCACGCCCGGCGCGCCGGCAGGCCAGGGCCAUUAUGACACAAGUAACGAUAUCCAUUACUUCGACGCGGUGAUGGGCCUGCACAUGGGAGUUCUGAAUCGCAUCGUGGAGAAGAAUAACGCCCUCAUCGAGCCGGACGACGACGCCACCCCGGCGUGAGGGGGGCUUUUGAUUGGCCUGGCGUGCGGCCGUGCCGGUGAUGCACGCCCGUUUCCCCCGCCGUCGGUAGCACAAAGCACCAGGCGGCUGUGGCGAUGGAAUGGUGGGCGUUGAAGGAUUGUUUCAGGCGUGCCGAGCACGUGCGGGCAAGGCAGCGCUGCACAGCUGGGCGGGGAUGCGGAAGGGCGUGGAGAUUGACGCGUGGGACGCGGUGGUUGUGGAGAACAGGGAAGGUACAUCAGGCGGGCUGCUGGCGGAUGACAGGCUGCACUGCUCAGGGAGGCCUGGCUACACACCAGUCAGGGAGGCCCGGCUACACACCAGUCAGGGCGGCCCGGCUACACACCAGUCAGGGCGGCCCGACUAAAUAACCUCGGAUGGAUAGCUAGCUCGCGAUGAAGGUGAUGAAUGGAUGUGCACUAUCUACAUCUCUCACAGAGCGAGGUGGUGGAUACAAGAGCACAUUACUGGCCGUGGACCGUAAUAGGAACUGUUUGCAUGGCGUUGGUGAGGACUGUAAAGUGUGGACGUAGAGGUGCAGAGGGUGCACUCACCCUUCCCAACUGACCUGGGUUGGAGCUGAUGUGUGCUCCAAACUCCAUUGCGGCUUACGUUGGAGCCAACUCCGCAUUGUUUGCAUUGCUCCAGUCGUAGUUUCACUUUCAUAAUGGUCUGGCCUUUGAGGCCGCUGUCAAGCUGUGCGUUUGGUGGUCCUUUCAUGUGCGCCGAAUAGAACUGGGUACGUGUGGGCAUAUUGUGCGUGUGCGCGACAGUUUAAGUUCCUAGUCGCCACAAUUUGGACUUCCCAAACCCUGAACUACUGUAGGGGAAGGGGCGGACAUUUGUGUGGAGUUGGACAUGUGCAUUCCCUCCGCAAUGCGACUCUCGCGAGCCGCUAGGGCCGCUGGUUUCUAACAAUGCAACGAGAGCGCCGAUUGAGUUUGCCUCCGGCAGGGCCCACGGGCCGGUGCGCGAUGCGCAUGAAUAAUUGUCAUGUGCAAGUGCUGUGGUUGAAGAGUGUCUGAUGACCACUUGCCAUAAAGCACAUGUGUGCAUGGAGUGGGGUAAUUCAACACAAUUCCUCAAUAAACAUUUGCCGACCCACAGCACGGAGUUGACGAUCACGUGCAACGUGGAGUGCUGGCUGCCAACCAGGCUGCGAGAAGGUGUGUGCGCAUGUACUGGGACGGUCUGAGGACUGGGUGUGUGAAGUGAGGGAUGGUGCGUGCAUAGAGUGCAAGUACAUCGUCAGACCGUCAUGAAUGUAAUAAGGUAUAGAUGUAGGUUGGUAUGUGUGCUGGUCGCUUGACGGAUGUCACUGCCGGGGGCAGUGUUGCACAUGAUAGCGUGUGCCAGGGGCGGGCGCAUACGGUACGUGGUAGUGCAAACGGUGGCGCUGACGUACAACAACUGCUGGGGCAAACAGUUGCCUAUUAGUAGGAUUACGCAGUGUGAAAUGGCUACGCGAACACGACGUGGAAUGUACGUUGACACCGGGCGCCGUGGGUUCCAGUGUGGCCAGCAUGUGCUGCAUGCAAUGCUGUCACUGCUCGUGCUCACGCUCUUUGUUCGGGGCUGCCUCCAGGCCUGUCGUGCUCGCUGACAAUGGCUGGUGCGAAGCUGACUACGUCAAGCGCGUUACGGCGAUAGGCCCCACUGCUCGCACUGCCGCUACCGCUCUGAUACUGUAACCGAGACGUCGU